UCACAUUCCUUCACAAGCGGCUCAAAACCUCCAUAAGCUCCGGCCAAUCUCAAUCUCUUCAAUUUUACACACAAACAAAAAUGGUGUCUUUGCUCGCUUCUUCUCUUACAUGCUCAAGCCCAACUCUGAAUCUCCUCCCACUUGUGCGGACCGAAGCAGCUUCCAUCUCCAGGAAACGUCGAGCAGCUUCUGUGGUGGCAACAUCUUCAAGAAAUGAUAACGAUUCCGUCGGAGAUUCAUCUCCGAAACCCACCAAAUUCGUCACAUUUCUCGGAAAAGGCGGCUCCGGCAAGACCACCGCCGCUGUUUUCGCCGCUCAGCAUUACGCAUUGGCUGGGCUCAGUACAUGUUUGGUGGUACAAAAUCAAGAUACGUCUGCUGAUUUCCUUCUUGGAAGCAAGAUUGGGGCUUCUCCUACCUUAAUCAACGACAAUCUCUCGGUUAUUAGGCUGGAAACCACAAAGAUGCUUCUAGAACCUCUUAAGCAGCUGAAGCAAGCAGAUGCCCGACUCAAUAUGACCCAAGGGGUUCUUGAAGGGGUGGUUGGAGAAGAGCUAGGAGUGCUUCCAGGGAUGGAUUCCAUCUUUUCAAUGCUUGAACUCGAGAGGCUUGUUGGUUUCUUUAGGCAAGCAACCCGAAAGAACCACAAGGGGAAGACUUUUGAUGUUAUAAUUUACGAUGGCAUUAGCACUGAGGAAACUCUUCGGAUGAUAGGUCUAAGCAGUAAAACAAGAUUGUAUGUGAAAUAUCUGAGAAGUAUGGCCGAGAAGACUGAUCUUGGGAGGCUAACAAGUCCUUCCAUAUUAAGAUUUGUUGAUGAGUCAAUGAACAUGAGCGGCAACAAGUCACCUUUUAAUGGCAUGACAAGUGCUGAUAUGUGGGAUACUUUGGAACGUUUCUUGGAGACUGGCGCUUCUGCUUUGAGUGAUACAGACAGAUUCAGGAGUUUUCUUGUGAUGGAUCCAAACAAUCCCAUGUCUGUUAAAUCUGCGUUACGCUAUUGGGGUUGUACAAUACAAGCAGGAUCUCAUGCCUCUGCAGCGUUUGCUAUUUCUUCUUCUUCAAAUCUGCCAACUGAGUCACACAAAACCACAAAAGAGGAAUUUGUGCCGCUGCCCUUUGCUUCUGCAUUGGUUCCGUUUACUAGAAAUGGUCUGGACUGGGACAAAAUUCUGCUAGACCAAGAAAAUUCUAGUGUCCGGGAACUUCUUUCUGGAAUAUUAAGCCAAGGCGGGAGCUUGAAACCACCAGUAAUGUUUGAUACAGCAAAGAAAUCGGUGACUCUUUUCAUGCCGGGGUUUGAAAAAUCGGAAAUCAAACUGUACCAGUACAGAGGAGGCUCUGAGCUCUUAAUAGAAGCAGGGGACCAAAGACGAGUGAUUCGUUUACCGUCUCAGAUUCAAGGAAAGGUUGGAGGAGCCAAGUUUCUGGACAGAAGUCUCAUCAUCACAAUGCGGUAAUACAUUUUCACGGAACUAAUUUGUUCUUUUUUUUUUGUACACCAGAGAUGUGUAGUUUGUCAUUAAAAAAAAAAAAGAAAAACUCAAGAAGUCAAACAUUUGGGACGAUCUUGAGAUGAAUAAACGAG